AUGUCUUACCAAGAGCAGCAGUGCAAGCAGCCCUGCCAGCCUCCUCCUGUGUGCCCACCCACAAAGUGCCCAGAGCCUUGUCCUCCCCCAAAGUGCCCUGAGCCUUGUCCUCCCCCAAAGUGCGCAGAGCCAUGCCCCGCUCAGCCAUGCCAGCAGAAAUGCCCCCCUGUGCAACCUCCUACACCCUGCCAGCCGAAGUGCCCACCCAAGAGCAACUGA